AUGGGCAGGUUAGUGGGUGAAUCAGUGGGCAGGUCAGUGGGCAAGUCAGUGGGCAGGUCAGUGGGUGAAUCAGUGGGCAGGUCAGUGGGCAAGUCAGUGGGCUGGUCAGUGGGCAAGUCAGUGGGCAGGUCAGUGGCCUGGUCAGUGGGCAGGUCAGUGGGAGAGUCAGUGGGCAGGUCAGUGGGUGAAUCAGUGGGCAGGUCAGUGGGCAAGUCAGUGGGCAAGUCAGUGGGCAGGUUAGUGGGUGAAUCAGUGGGCAGGUCAGUGGGCAAGUCAGUGGGCUGGUCAGUGGGCAAGUCAGUGGGCAAGUCAUUGGUCAAGUCAGUAGGCAAGUCAGUGGGCAGGUCAGUGGGUGAAUCAAUGGGCAGGUUAGUGGGUGAAUCAGUGGGCAGGUCAGUGGGCAAGUCAGUGGGCAGGUCAGUGGGUGAAUCAGUGGGCAGGUCAGUGGGCAAGUCAGUGGGCUGGUCAGUGGGCAAGUCAGUGGGCAGGUCAGUGGCCUGGUCAGUGGGCAGGUCAGUGGGAGAGUCAGUGGGCAGGUCAGUGGGCAAGUCAGUGGGCAGGUCAGUGGGCAAGUCAGUGGGCAAGUCAGUGGGCAGGUCAGUGGGUGAAUCAGUGGGCAGGUCAGUGGGCAAGUCAGUGGGCUGGUCAGUGGGCAAGUCAGUGGGCAGGUCAGUGGCCUGGUCAGUGGGCAGGUCAGUGGGAGAGUCAGUGGGCAGGUCAGUGGGUGAAUCAGUGGGCAGGUCAGUGGGCAAGUCAGUGGGCAAGUCAGUGGGCAGGUCAGUGGGCAAGUCAGUGGGCAGGUCAGUGGGCAAGUCAGUGGGCAAGUCAGUGGGCAAGUCAGUGGGCAAGUCAGUAGGCAGGUCAGUGGGCAAGUCAGUGGGCAGGUCAGUGGGCAGGUCAGUGGGCAAGUCAGUAGGCAGGUCAGUGGGCAAGUCAGUGGGCAAGUCAGUGGGCAGGUCAGUGGGCAAGUCAGUAGGCAGGUCAGUGGGCAAGUCAGUGGGCAGGUCAGUGGGCAAGUCAGUGGGCAAGUCAGUGGGCAGGUCAGUGGGUGAAUCAGUGGGCAAGUCAGUGGGCAGGUCACUGGGCAGGUCAGUGGGCAAGUCAGUGGGCAGGUCAGUGGGCAAGUCAGUGGGCAGGUCAGUGGGCAGGUCAGUGGGCAGGUCAGUGGAUGAGUCAGUGGGUGAAUCUGUGGGUGAAUCAGUAGGUGAGUCAAUGGGCAGGUCAGUGGGUGAAUCAAUGGGUAUGUCAGUGGGUGAAUCAAUGGGCAAGUCAGCAGGUGAGUCAAUGGGCAAGUCAGUAGGCAGGUCAAUGGGUGAAUCAACGGGUGAAUCAGUAGGUGAGUCAAUGGGUGAAUCAGUAGGUGAGUCAAUGUGCAAGUCAGUGGGUGAAUCUGUGGGUGAAUCAGUAGCUGAGUCAGUGGGCAGGUCCGUGGGUGAAUCAAUGGGCAAGUCAGUGGGUGAAUGA